CCCUUCAUUUUGAUCAUUCAUACAGAGAUUAGAUAAUAUGAUGAAGCAGUAAGGAAACAAGAAAUCUCUACCCAGCAAAGUGUUUAUGGAAAAUGACCAGAAAGAAACAAGGAGCUCCACAAAAACUUGACAAUUCUGGUGAUGGUAAUUGCAAGCUUGAGUUAGGACUUGACUUCAAGGAAAACUUAUUGCAAACCGCUGCUCGUGAAAUUGAAACAUCCUGUACCCCCGAACAAAAUGGUAUGAAUCGCACAGAUACCAAGAAAUAUAACGCCUGCGAAGCCAAAACCAUGGAUGCCUCGUGUCAAAAACUCAUGGACUUUACAAAGAACUUUUUGUCAGAGGGCAGAGGGAAAGAUUCAAACGAAGCUAAGGAUUACUUGGAAGACGCUCUUGUGUCGUGGAAACAUCCAGCUAAGCGAAACCAAAACAGGCACCAAAGUUCCCCUUCCAGUAUCCCUUCCCCAUCUAAAGCAACAUAUGAUAGCAAGUAUAGCCAGUCUAUUGACUCAGAAGUGGAUUCUGACCACCGUUCGUAUGUGGCUGCCACUCCAAACAAAGAAGGCUCCCCACACCCAAGCACAAAUUCCACUUCUCCUGUGAACCUGUUCCCCAACUUGGAUGAACAUCAAUUAUCUGACCUUGCGUCUCUUACUAGCGCCCAGAAACUACUAAUGGACGCCAUGUUACGACAGAAGCAAUUUUACGACCAGUGUUCAAAUAACUGGGUGAAUGUCCAGCGAAGUGACAACAACUGCCUAAGCAAAAGCAAAGCAGAGAGAUACAGAUGGUGCGUAAACGGCAACGAGAAGCAGCCCACUACGUCCUCCCAUUCACACGUAUCCAAUCUCAAACGGUCAGCUACCAUGGCUGGCAUGGGUACUUCCCCCGUCCAGGAGAAGUUGUAUAGCACUGUCUUCACUGGUGCGAGUAAAUUUCAUUGUCGUGAUUGCGGUGAUCCUUUCAACACCCUGGUCGAUCUCACGGUGCAUAUGAAUAAAACCGGACAUUUUCGUGAUACCAACACUGUGAAUAAACUUGAGGAUAAACCGGCAGAAACGAAAGCAAAACGACGAUCCACGGUCGAGCAAGAGGAAAAUCAAGCAGAGAAAGUUCUCACUUGUAUGGGGUGUGGAAAUUUGUUUGAAUCACUGCAAGAUCUUAGCGUGCAUAUGAUCAAGACGAAGCAUUACGAGAACGUGCCUUCCUUGCGGCUGUGGAGCCAGAAAAACGAGCCUGUUUUAGAAGCUUCAUCGCAGCAAAAGAAGAAGCACCCUAACCCACCAAUACAUAACGACUUUAAUAACUACGCGAGUGCUUCACUAAGAGAUGCCUCCCUGUUAGCUCAAUCGCCUUUUUAUUUCUCUCUUUUGGGAGCUAUGUCAGCCAACCCAGCAGCAGCAGCAUGCGCGAACCUUCUAUGUUCCUAUCCAUGGCUGGCCUCCAGUCUGUCACCAAACUUCCUCCCAUCCAUUCUAAACCCCAGCAUGUCCCUACCCUACCCAGGCAGCUACCCACCGCUCCUACCGCCCCAUCUCCCCACUGUAAACGGGCUAAGCUCGCCCUCGGAGACGGACCUAGCACUGACAUGCACCGAGUGCAAUGCAAAAUUCAGCUCCAUGAAAAGUCUAACCGAGCAUAGGUUUUCAGCUUCGCAUUUUCCGACGCUUUCCGAUUUAAAACUGCCGAGCGGCCACCAUAACCCAGUUAUACCAAUGAGUCUUUCGCAGCCGUCUUGCUCCCCAAGUUUAAGCGAUACGGGAAAGGCGCACCGACCGAACAACCGGUCUAGUACCCGUUCAUCAUCCAACGAAGCGAGCAGCCUCAGUCCGUCUCCGAACAGCAAAUCAGACAGCUACGUCAAAACCCCGUCUGUCAGCGAUACCACACACGAGCAUACCGGGAGCUGCGAUUUCAUUAAGUCAUUGGAGAGCACGAUCCAAAGCGCUAUCAGUAAAGUGGAACACCCCAGGAGCAAAGCCAGUACAUUGGACUCCACACGUCGUUCGUUCAACCCUUUCUCGGCCAUGAAGGACCAGGAAAAAAUGAAACCAAAGCCGGCAAACUCAACACACGGUCGCCAAUCGAAAUCGCCAAAUACUAAAACUAAUACAGCGUCCGAUAAAAGGCAGCCGGAGUCACCGCUCGAUUUGACAGUUAAGAAAACAGACUACGCCAAUUCCAGGCACCACCAUCAGCAAAGAACUUCCGCGCAUAGCCCGACGCAUCCUAUAUCCGCUUACUCGGGCACACAUCCUGGUAAAGACCCGCUGCAGAGUUUAAAAGACAAUAUGCAGAGUCUAUUCUCGGGCAUGAAGCCGGGCCAAUCCGCUUCGACGGAUGCCGCCGAAAAAACAAAGAAAUCUGAAUACGCUCCCCUGCAUAUUGAUAGCACGCCAAGCGACACCAACCCGAUCCAAGAAAUGCUAAAAAUCGUUAAUCGACCUGAAUUGGAACACCGAUACCCUUUCGCCCAGCGAGAAAGCCACGAACAUCGGGUUGAAGAAGGCAAGAAGCGGUCUUCGUCUUCAGUAGUGGCUCCUAUCAACCCAAAGAAGUCUUGCUUUUCGCUUUUUGAGGACUUGAUCGUCCCCAAAGACGUAGAUUCGAGUCCAGACGUGAACCCUCUGCAAAAAAUGCAAGACCUCGUUGAUCGAAAGUUGUCCGGCGAAAAAGUUGGCGAAAAAACAAAACCGUUUCUACCGGAGGCCUCAAACGGUAAAAAUAUAAACUCUUCCCCUCCAAAUAAACCUACAAACAUUGACCCAAAGCGACAACACAAUGGGGUUCGUGGUCAUGGCCGAAGCAAUGAUGAACGUCGGCAAACUAAAGAAGCCGUGCGUAAUUUCGAACCUUCAAAAGAACAAUUACUGAAACUGAAUGUUUGUUUUGCUCGCUUCGUGACGUCAUUGUCACCUCACCAAAUGACGUCAUCAAAGCUGAAACUUCCCGACCCGGAAAACACUGCGGAAUGCUGUAACGUGCCGCUGAAUUAUGCCAAGAGUUGGAUGGCCGGCUCCAUUGAUGCAGUGCGCAUGCGCAAAGCCCUUCCUACCCUGAGUUACAACAACACCAAUAAUUCACCCAAACCCGAGUUCACAUGCACCUGGUGUAGAACAUACACAACCACAACAGUGGACGACUUCUGUAACCACUCCAAUGCCCAUAUCACCGAUGGAUCUUGCCCAAUCACCUCCCGCGGAAAUCGCGCUUCCGUCGAUCACGUCACUUCCGUUCCGUCGCCAGCUCAUCGCGCUUGUGACGUCACAGAAGCGGAACGCGCCAGCCCCGAAGCCGAACUACCUCAACGCACCCCUCCGUCCGGAAGAGAAUCCCCCAGUGACGUAACAAUCACCCAUGACAACGCAGCCUUACGUCAGAGGAGGCGCGCCGACGAGAUGACGUCACCUGAUGACGCAAUACGCGUCACCGGCUGACGUGGAACCGAAAAUCGUGUUGUUCGCUGUCACUUGAACAGGAAACCCCCACGUUUCGGCGCAGUUUCCUUCGUUUAUUCGCGCAUCAAUCAAGCCAUUGUGAAAUCGCAGUGAGGAAAUUCGCCCACAUUCGAUUCCAGAGUGGUUUGGAAUUUCCACCCAGGUUAUCAAUGUAUUGACAUCUCAAUCGACUAUUUUUAACACCACUCACAUACGUCAUACACCCAUAUAACCUCACGCACCUGACUAGACCAAUCUUAAAGUAUUUCGCUCACUUUUUCGGCUAAAAAAAACUUCUUAAAUUUUGCUCCAGAAUUGGGUGCUCAGUUCAAAAUGGUGCAACUGUGACGUCAUAAUAUGAAUUCAAAACGUCAUAACCGCAGCAUUAUUUCUUCGCACUAUACCUUCAAGUGCAAGUUCUACGAUCGUACUAUUAUUUCCAUUAUAUUGUUAUUCCUAUGUUACUAUACAGUCGUUUAUCGUCAUUGGUGGAUAUCUCAGGUCAGUGCUGAGCAUUCCCUGGUGCGCCAUCUCGCGGCUGUCAUUCCCAGCACAUUCCCCCCAAUGGUCACUGUUCGUUCUUUUCUUUCUUUUUCAAAUUUCGUUCGUUUUCCUUACUCUGUUCUACGCGAAAUAUAUCUACAACGAUAACCCAGCUGCUGCGACGAGUAAUAAACCUCUAUUU